GCGCCGGCCCCGCGCAUGCUCUGCGCGCAGCGCUCCCGUGUGCCGCGGCUUGCGAAGGACAGGGCGCGGCGGACGAAGCUGCGCUUGCCUAUUGCACGGCCGCCUGCACCGUCAGCUCUUGCGGGGCAGCUGAAAGGCGACACGCGUCCGGAUGUUAGAGAGCAUCUCUUUGGAGGUCCUGUAACGGAUGGAAGAGCUGCGGCCUCGGGGUGUCCCUACCGCGGGUGUCCUGGGAUGACCCAGCCCGACAAGAUGCCAACGCGGGCGCACUGGCGAGCACUCUCCGUGGUGCUGAUUCUGCUGUGGGGACACCCGCGCGCCGCGCUGGCCUGUCCGUACCCUUGCACCUGUUACGUUCCCAGCGAGGUCCACUGCACGUUUCGCUCCUUGGCUUCCGUGCCCGCUGGGAUUUCUAAACACGUGGAAAGAAUCAAUCUGGGGUUUAAUAGCAUACAGGCUUUGUCGGAAACCUCGUUUGCGGGGCUGACCAAGUUGGAGCUACUUAUGGUUCACGGCAAUGACAUCCCCAGCAUCCCCGACGGGGCUUUGAGAGACCUCAUCUCUCUCCAGGUUUUCAAGUUCAGCUACAAUAAGCUUCGAGUGAUCACAGGAGAGACCCUGCGGGGGCUCUGGAGCUUAAUCAGACUGCACAUGGACCACAACAAGAUCGAGUUUAUCCACCCACAAGCGUUCAGUGGCUUAACGUCCCUAAGGCUACUCCACUUAGAGGGAAACAUGCUUCACCAGCUACACCCCGCCACGUUCUCCACGUUCACGUUUCUGGAUUAUUUCAGACUCUCCACCGUAAGACACCUCUACUUAGCCGAGAACAUGAUUAGAACUCUUCCCACCGGCAUGCUGCAGAACAUGCCGCUUCUGGAGAAUCUUUACCUGCACGGGAAUCCGUGGUCCUGUGGUUGUGAGAUGAAGUGGUUCCUGGAAUGGGAUGCAAAAUCCAGAGGGGUUCUGAAGUGUAAGAAGGACAAAGCGUAUGAAGGGGGUCAGCUGUGCUCCACGUGCUUCAGUCCCAGGAAGCUGCACAAACAAGAGAUUCAGAAGCUGAAGGACGUCACUUGUGAGAAGCCUUCUAUCGAGUCCCCUCUGAGACAGAACAAGAGCAGGAGUAGCGAGGAAGAUGAGGAUCUAGAGGAGGAGGGUGACAGCCCGUUCUCCCUGCAGGGGUUCCAGUAUCCCGUAUGGAACGUCUCUCUGAAUAUGAGCGACGAACACGGGAACACGGUGAACUUGGUCUGUGACAUCAAGAAGCCCGUGGACGUGUACCAACUACACCUGAACCAAACAGACCGUCAAGAGAUAGAGAUAAAUGCCACAGUCGCCUUGGAUUUUGAGUGUCCGAUGACUCGAGAAAACUAUGAGAGACUCUGGAAGCUGAUUGCCUAUUACAGCGAGGUCCCUGUGAAGCUACACCGAGAACUCACGCUCAGCAAAGACCCCAGACUCGGCUACCGGUACAGGCAAGACGCCGACGAUGAGACCCUCUACUACACGGGCGUCAGGGCCCACAUCCUGGCAGAACCAGAGUGGGUUACGCAGCCGUCCAUAGACCUCCAACUCAACCGGCGUCAGAGUACGGCCAGAACGGUGCUGCUGUCCUAUGCCUCUCAACACGCGCUCACCGUGUCCGCCAAAGACGCGAGGCCGUCUCGUAGCAGAAGCUGGGUAAUGAUUGAGCCUAGCAGAGCGGUGCAGAGAGCCCAGACUGUCUUGGAAGGGAGUCCAUGCCAGCUGAGCUGCAACGUGAAGGCUUCGGAGAGCCCGUCCAUCUCCUGGGUGCUCCCGGAUGGCUCUGUCCUGAAAGCACCAAUGGAAGACGAGGACGGUAGAUUCUCCAUCCUCACCAGCGGCUGGCUGAAGAUCAAAUCCACGGAGCAGUCAGACACCGGUUUGUACCAGUGCAUCGCUCGGGUGAGGGAUGAAAUGGAUCAAAUGGUCUAUAGGGUCCUUGUGCAGCCACCUGUCCCUCAGCCCCCUGGUGGACAUGCAGUGACCAUUGAGAAGAACCCGGGGGAGCCGGUGAUGCUGCCUUGCAAAGCACUGGCCAUACCUGAAGCCCAGAUUAGCUGGAUCCUCCCAAACAGGAGGAUAAUCAGCGGCAUGGCUAACGCCUCACACACGUACAUGUUGGCCGAUGGAACCCUUUCCAUCCCAAAGGCCCAAGGUAGCGACAGUGGUUACUACAGAUGCGUGGCUGUCAACCGGCAAGGGGCAGAUCAUUUCACGGUGGGGAUCACGGUGCGUAAGAAGGGAUCUGCCAGGUCAUCGAAAAGAGGCAGACGCCCAGGUGGGAAGACCCCUUCCAGAGGAAGAGGAGAUGUCGUGGAGGAUGAAGGGGGAUCUGGCCUAGGAGACGAAGGUAACACAGCGAGGAGGGUUCUCCAUCCAGAGGACCAAGCGAUGUUCAUCAAGGCAAAGGACGAUGCCGUCACUGGAGGUCAGAAAACCAAGAAAGGGCGCAGAAAGCUGAAACACCGGAAGACUUCCGAAAAGGAACCAGAGACAAACAUCGCAGAAGGUCGCAGAGUGUUUGAGUCCAGACGAAGGAUAAACAUGGCCAACAAACAGAUCAAUCCAGAGCGCUGGGCAGAUAUUUUAGCCAGAGUACGUGGGAGAAAUCUACCUAAGGGAACAGAAGUACCCCAGGUCAUUAAAACCAACACUCCUCCCUCAGAGAGUCUAGAAGUGACACCCCUUCUGCCUGCUGUUCCUUCCAGCUCAGUAUCACCCACUCAGGAUCAGACCACAGCCAGUGCAGAAGACUCCUCAGGAGAUGCGUCUUUAUUUGGCGGGGAAGAGCAGGUUUCUAGCGCUGUUUCCUCAACCAGGAUGGUUCUGGUCCAGUCUGGCCACGAUGGAGUAAUUCUUGCUGACCCCAAAGUGACAAGCACACACCUGGAAGAACUGACUGAUGAUGAGUUUUCUGAGAAGACCAAGGCUGCAGCUCCCGCUGCAGUUGACUCGAAUUGGGCUACAGCCACGACACGGCCAUCCGUGCCUUACGAAUCUUCUACUCUACAGACCCUGGAUAGGGUCCGCGAAGAGCCCACUAACAAAAACAUAGCCACAGAGGGCUGGUCUACACUAGAUGCUGGAUCCAUGCCAGGGUCUACAUCCAGUGAGUAUGAGUCUCCAUUGGAUGCCACCUCCUUGGCCGAGUCUGAGACUCUGCCAUACUUUUACCAAGAUCUGGAGACACAUUCACAACCAGGUGAAAAUACGACGGAAGAACAGACCUCCACGCACGUUACUCCAGUGCCUGCCUUGUGGGUUGCUAACACCAGGACCUCUGAGCCAUUUGAAGAUCCCAUUUCAGGGGACCCCAAAGUCCCAGCACAAACAGCUCUACAAGAGCAAACAGAGAGCCCGAAGCUCGUGAAAAGUGGUUUAAGCACUCAGGGCCACCCACUGAUUCCCAAGGGCACAGAGGAGAAUUCUCAGACACUACAGGAAGGAGGGCCGCUAGAGAGAGACCCCAAAAGCUCCAGAAGUCCCGAGAGUAAGCGGCAAGGCAUCGAAUCUACCGCUCUGCUUGACUCGGCACUGGAAGCUAUGACGAGCGCCACUGCCUUGAAGCGUCCCAAGGAAACCACCCUUGGCGUUCUGUUUGACAAGGACACCAGCACGGUAGCAGUGAUGGUGCCAGCCCAAAAGGCCGCUUCCCCACCAGCACCGACCACUCAUCCUUCCCGAAAGCGACCCAACGGGAGGAGGCGAUUACGCCCCCAUCGAUUCCGACACCGGCAUAAACAAACCCCGCCCACGACUUUUGCCCCAGCGGUCACUUUUUUGACACCCCUGACUCAGGUACCUGAAGUGAAGACUCCAAGCCAAGCGGAAAGCUUGCCGGUUCCUACGUCUUGGGUUGAUAGCACAGUUGGUACCCCAAAGCAGAUGGACAUGGAGAAGCAUGCAGAACCGGUAUCCAAGGGAACCCCACGCAGGAAACAUGGGAAGAGGCCAAAGAAACAUCGCUACAUCACCUCUACCAUGAGCUCUAUAGCGUCUGUGUCCAAGCCCAGCCCUCCCCCAGAAAAUAAAUAUAAAAACACUGUUACCCCCAGUUCAGAAGUUGUACUUUCACCUACCCCCGUUUCUGUCACAACUGGAGACCCACGUGAGAUAACCAGAGUGGAAGAUUAUAGGACAGCCACCACCAAAACACGUUUAUCUCAUGAUAAAUUCCAAGAGACAAUUCCAGUCACGUACGAGCCCGUAUCAGACGGAAAGGAAAUUAAGAAUUACGACGUCAUAAACAUCAGGGACCAUAAAACCGACAGUCUCGUCCCUGGCGAGUCCGUCACUCAUGUGGCAUCACCUUCUGGGGCCGAGGUCUCCACUGUGGGAGUAUUUAAGGAGGCCUCCCCUCCUUCUGGCUUUCCAGGAAGUGCAAGGUGGACUUCUCCCAGGGCAGCCCAGCCUGAGCGGCUACAGACAGACCCGCCUGUUAGCAGCUCUUCAGAAGCUCUUACAGACUCACCCUUUUUAAAAGAGUUGGAGGACCUAGGUUUUCCUUCUGAGUUUUCACCUUCUUCUGCAGUCUCUAUGCUCUCGCAACAGGAAGAAGUGGUCCCUUCAACGACUCCCGCCGUCAUAAAAGUAGAGGCAUCUUCAAGUCAGGCGGAGACCACCAUCAGUGGUCAGAGUCAUCGUGAAACCACUCCAGCCAUCAUCCGUUCUGAAAUUAGACACCAGAAGGAAGUCUCCACACGUGCCCUGGUGGAGGAGCCAGCAACCCCAUUCCCACCCACAACUCGUGUGUCUCUGGCAGAAACCACCGCAGAGCCCACACCUCUUACGUCAGAAACACGGCCAACGUCAAACGCUCCCGAACCAAACAUUUUCUUCCAUUAUGCUGGGGGGACCCCAGCAAGCGGAGUACCUUCAGUGAAUAACGAAGGAACUCAGCAGGUAUCGCAGCCAAACGAAUUAUCCACUCCUUCCCACCAGGACAAAUUUACCUUCGCUCCAAAGCAGGAGCUGCGAAAGGAAGCCUUUGAUGGUACAACCAAAAACAGCCUUCCAAGGGGUCCAGAUGGUCACCACGAGGCUGGGAGGGUCCAAGGUUUCCACCAACCCCCCAGAGUUGCUGCCACACCGGUCCCCCCGAGAGGAACCAUGAGGCCACCACACACGGCCACAGAAAGCUCCUUUAGAUACGCUGUCACUCUCCAGCCCCACCUGACCAGCAACCUGGGAAUCGCUGCAUAUCCGUCGAGGGAUCCGCCAGAGAAUAAGCACUUUACGACUCCAAAAUUACCAAGUUCAACAACUCCUGUGGUUCCGUUGCCUAGGUCCAAAGCUAGCAUUCCUAGUAAGUCAACUGACCAGGGAACUGGCCCAUUCGGCGGCAGCUCCAAAUCGUCUGGAGAUAAUACCAUCCCUGAUCCAAGAGACCCAGCUGGCAAGCUUCCAAAUUCGAGAGUUCCUUAUUAUCCCGAUGGAAGAUUCCCUUUCUCUUUCAACAGGACCCCCUCUCUUCCACAGUUGGCAGUUACUCCGAAGCCUCAGAUCCCCACCUCUCCCGCCCCGGGGAUGAGAGGGAGAAAAGUCAACCCGGGUCCCCACGAUAGGAUGCAUUCUCAGAGCAUCAUCCAUGUGGACUUUGGUCCCCCAGCACCUCCUGUACUGCACCUUCCCCAGACCGUGGCGCCCCCCUCAACCAACUUCAGAAACAUCCCUCUGGUCUACUCCACCCGGAGCGCCAUCCCUUUCCUAUCUUCUUCUGCCCAGCCUUCCAGAAGCUUCCAUCCGAGCAGCUCCAAGCUCUUCUCUUCCGGAGGACCACCUGCAUCCAAACUCUGGACGCUUGGGGAAAAGCCCCAGAUUAUCACCAAAUCCCCCCAGACCGUGUCCGUCACUGCCGAGACAGAUGUCAUGUUCCCGUGUGAGGCCGUGGGGAAACCCAAGCCUUUCGUGACUUGGACAAAGCUGUCCACAGGUGCUCUCAUGACCCCCAACACCAGAGUACAGCGGUUUGAAGUCCUGAAGAACGGCACCUUCGUCAUCCGAAACGUGCAGGUGCAGGACCGCGGCCAGUACGUGUGCACGGCCAGAAACCUGCACGGAGCAGACAGGAUGGUGGUCCUGCUGUCAGUCGCGGUGCAGCAGCCUCACAUCCUAGCCGCCCACUACAAGGAUGUCACCGUCUACCUGGGCGACACCAUCGCCAUGGAGUGUCUGGCGAAGGGAACCCCAGCUCCCCAGAUCUCCUGGAUCUUCCCCGACAGGAGGGUCUGGCAGACCGGCCCCCCCGUCGAGGGCAGGAUCACGCUGCACGAGAACCGGACCCUGUCCAUCAAGGAGGCGUCCUUCUCAGACAGAGGCGUGUACAAGUGCGUGGCCAGCAACGCAGCCGGCGCGGACAGCCUCGCCAUCCGCCUGCACGUGGCGGCCCUCCCACCCGUCAUCCACCAGGAGAAGCUGGAGAACAUCUCGCUGCCCCCUGGCCUUAGCAUCCACAUCCACUGCACCGCCAAGGCCGCGCCCCUGCCCAGCGUGCGCUGGGCGCUCUGGGACGGGACGCAGAUCCGCCCUUCGCAGUUCAUCCACGACAACCUCUUCGUCUUCCCCAACGGGACCCUCUACAUCCGCAACCUGGCGCCCAAGGACAGCGGACGCUACGAGUGCGUGGCCGCCAACCUAGUGGGCUCGGCGCGCAGGACCGUGCAGCUCACCGUGCAGCGCGCCGCCGCCAACGCGCGCAUCACCGGCACCUCCCCGCAGAGGACCGACGUCCGCUACGGGGGGACCCUCCAGCUGGACUGCAGCGCCUCCGGAGACCCCUGGCCGCGCAUCCUCUGGAGACUGCCGUCCAAGAGGACGAUAGACGCGCUCUUCAGCUUUGACACCAGGAUCAAGGCGUUUGCCAACGGGACCCUGGUGGUGAAAUCCGUCACGGACAAAGAUGCGGGCGAUUACCUGUGCGUCGCCCGGAAUAAGGUUGGCGAUGACUUCGUCAUGCUCAAGGUAAACGUGGUCAUGAAACCAGCCAAGAUCGAGCACAAAGAGGAGAUUGACCACAGGGUCUUUUACGGGGGCGACCUCAAAGUGGACUGCAUGGCCACCGGGCUCCCCAACCCCGAGAUCUCCUGGGGCCUCCCGGACGGCAGCCUGGUCAACUCUUUCAUGCAGUCCGACGACAGCGGCAGACGGACCAAGCGCUACGUCGUUUUCAACAACGGAACCCUCUACUUCAACGAGGUCGGGUUGCGAGAGGAAGGUGACUACACGUGCUUUGCCGAAAAUCAGGUCGGCAAGGAUGAGAUGAGGGUGCGCGUCAAGGUGGUGACCGAGCCCGCCGUCAUCCGGAAUAAGACGUACUCCGUGGUCCAGGUCCCCUACGGGGACGUGGUCACCGUGGCUUGUGAGGCCAAAGGGGAGCCCACGCCCAGGGUGACCUGGCUUUCUCCAACCAACAGGCUGAUCCCCACCUCCUCCGACAAGUACCAGAUAUAUCAGGACGGCACUCUCCUCAUCCAGAAAGCCCAGCGCUCGGACAGCGGCAACUACACCUGCGUGGUCAGGAACGGCGCCGGGGAGGACAGGAAGACGGUCUGGAUUCACGUCAACGUCCAGUCGCCCAAGAUCAACGGGCACCCCAACGCCAUCACCACGGUGCGGGAGAUUGCUCCGGGAGGGAGUCGCAAAGUCAUCGACUGCAAGGCGGAAGGCAUCCCCACGCCCAGAGUGCUGUGGGCCUUUCCCGAGGGCGUGGUCCUGCCGGCCCCUUACUAUGGCAACCGCAUCACCAUCCAUCGCAAUGGUACCCUGGACAUCAAGAGUCUGAGGAAGAGCGACUCUGUCCAGCUGGCGUGCAUUGGACGUAAUGAAGGUGGGGAAGCCAGACUCAUCGUCCAGCUUACGGUCUUGGAGCCCGUGGAGAAGCCCAUCUUCCACGACCCGGUCAGCGAGAUCACCGCCAUGGCCGGCCACACCAUCAGUCUCAACUGCUCAGCGGCUGGGACCCCGACGCCCACCCUGCUGUGGGUCCUUCCCAACGGGACGGAGCUGCAGAGCGGCCAGCAGCUGCAGAGGUUCUACCACAAGGGCGACGGGGUGCUGCAUAUCAGCGGCCUGGCCUCCGUGGACGCCGGGGCCUACCGCUGCGUGGCCAGGAACUCGGCGGGCUACACGGAGAGGCUGGUGUCUCUGAAGGUGGGGCUGAAACCCGAAACGAGCAACCAGUACCACAACCUGGUCAGCAUCAUCAACGGGGAGACCCUGCAGCUGCCCUGCACCCUUCCGGGGGCCCGGCAGACCCGCUCCUCCUGGACGCUGCCCGGCGGCUUGGUGUUGGAGGGUCCCCAGGUCCGAGGCCGCUUCGCCCUUUGGGAGAACGGUACCCUCACCGUGCGCGACGCGUCCGUCUUCGACAGGGGCACCUACGUGUGCAGGGCGGACACGGAGUACGGACCUUCCGUCGUGCACGUCCCGGUGAUCGUGAUUGCCUACCCUCCCCGGAUCACCAGUGAACCCACACCUGUCAUCUACACGCGGCCCGGGAGCACCGUGCAGAUGAACUGCAUGGCCAUGGGCGUCCCCAAAGCCGAGGUAAGCUGGGAGCUGCCGGACAAGUCGCGUCUGACCGCGGGGACGCAGCCCCGUCUCUACGGGAACAGGCUUCUCCAGCCACAGGGCUCGUUAAUCAUCCAGCAGGCCGCCCAGAGGGACGCGGGCUUCUACAAGUGCACCGCCAAAAACCCCCUGGGCCGUGACUCAAAAACAACCUACGUCCACGUCUACUGAAACCCCGGGAGGACGCCGUGGACUCCACGGCCGCUGCUUCGGAAGUUAGAACAAAGCCUCCUUUGGGGUCACAGCCGGGGCUGGAGAGCCAGGGCUCUGCAAGGAUUUGUCCCGGGGCACGGUGGCCCCCUCCGGCUUGGGUUUCAGGCUCACGUCGACCUUGACCUGUGUUUGUGGACGAAAGGAAGCAACGCAGACACGGGAAGCAGGUGUCAGCCUCUCUGGGGGGACUUUCUUUCACGUUUACAGGAUGCCAUAUGCUCUUGCCUUGCAUUUCACAGGACUUGGGUGCAGAUUACAAAUUCUGUGUCGCUGGCACCAUCCUGAUGCUUGAACGGGCGUCUGUAGGAUAUCUAAGAAGCAUUCACUGCAAAGAAGCUGUAGAGAUUCACAGUGCCUUGUUACCCCCGCGGAAGAUGCAUUACCUAGUUAACCCGCUGCCGUUUUAACAUGAUAGAGCGUUCUAGAAUGAGUAUCCGUCUCUCCGUUAUUUCUUCUGUCACUUCAGAACGCCAGUUUGCCCGACAAGGGCUGAGAACCAGAGGGAUUGUUUGUUUGUUUGUGUUUCAUGUACAAGUGUCCUACAGUACAGCUCCCAUUUUAUAGGAAAGAACGCUUUCUCCCUGGAACUCACUUUUUAUGUAGUGUUUUAUAUAUAUAUAUAUAUUUUUUUUUUCUUUCUAAUCAGACGAUGAGAGUAGAAAGAGAAAGACAUACUUUCUGUCUCAUUAAAAAUAAUAAAUUAUUGGUCUUUACAAGGCUUGGAUGCAUUAGAGCAGGCACGGAAAUGCGAUUAAAACCAGUUUCCUUCCUGACUUCCUUCAAAUUCAUGAACCACUGUUAUAUUACCUGUCCCAGCGACCCUCCGGUAGGGGAUGCUGAGGUAUUGGAUUUCCUUGUUGAUAAUAAAAUUUAUCCGGAGAGAGCUGUGCGGGACCGGGGAGACAACAGGAGAGGGGGGGACAAAGCUAAGUUGUGACCGCACAGAAUAAACCCAGAGCCUUCCAGAGAAGCCCAGAAAUAUCUUUCCUCCGGUCAGUUUGUGUCCAUGAAAAAUAGAUCUGUUAUUUCCAUGACUGCUUUACUGUAUUUUUAAGGUCAAAAUAAUGUACAUUGGAUAAUAAAAUAAUAUUUUCCAAAGAACCAGGCAAUCACGACAGUGAUAUUUUCAAGGGCAAAAGCACUUCAAGUGAGUUUGCGCUUAGAUCAGAUUGGUUGAAAAACUGCUUUUAUCCACCACAUUGGAAUUAUUCUGUUCUCUGUGAGUAUCUCACCAGCAAGGAGACGAAGUCCAAGGUGGCAGCUCCAGCAGAGUCUUUGACUGGAAGGUGAGGUGUGGGACCAGCUCCAGUAUGAAGCAGGAUAAUUUGAGGCUGAAGAAAGGGUGCCACAGCAAUCCUGCAGCCAGUUUUCUUUAGGGAAGAGACAUCUUGGGUGCAUGUAGCAGUAUUCCUCAAAUAUGCAUUCUUUGGCUUCCCCCGAGAGGAAGGAAGAAAGCAAACUCAAGAUAAAUAUUUGGGAAGAAUGUGACUUUUGACCGUGCUGCCCAUCUGGAAAGAAUGGCAGUCAUUGAAAUGAAAGAGAGCUUGGCUUUUCAAGACUGGGAAGCACGGACCCUGUCUCACUCAUGAAUCCAUUUAUUUACUUAAGGAUAACUACACAGCCUCUUGGGGUGUGCCAGGUACCAGGAUGGGCACCAGGGUACCCUGAUGUGUAGGAAACACAUCCUGCUUGAAGAGUUUCAUCCUCCAUAGACAAACCCUUCAUCCAGGACGGGGUUUCUCAACACUAGCACUACAGACAUUUGGGGCUGGAUCAUUUUCUGGGGUGAGGGCUGUCCUGUGCACUGCAGCGUUUUUCGUGGCAUCUGUAGGCUAUACCCACAAGAUGCCACUAGCAUCCUCCCCUCCAGGGCUGACUGUCAAAAGAGUGGCUCCGGAUAUUUUCAAUGUCCCCCUCAUCACCCUGAGUUGAGAACCACCACCGUAGAUCUUAAAUAGAUAUAAUUUGAUAGAUAGAUAGAUAGAUAGAUAGAUAGAUAGAUAGAUAGAUAGAUGAUAGAUAGGAAGAAAAUAGGUUGAUAUAGAUAAGACAGAUAAAUGAUAGACGAGUUAGAUAAAUAGGUGUGCGGAUGGAUGGAUAGAUGAUUGAUAGAUACGUACAUAAAUGUAGAUGAUAUGAUAGGUAGACAAUAGAUGAUAGAUAAGAUAGAGAUAGAUGAUAGAGAUAAAUAGAUAUAUAUGUGGAUGGAUGGAUGGAUGGAUAGAUGAUUGAUAAGUAAAUAUAUAUAGUACAUAGAUAAUAGCUAGCUAGAUAGAUGGUGAAGAUAGAUUGUAAAUAGAUACAUGACAUACAUGAUACAUAGAUUGAUAAUAGGUAGAUAGGUGACUGAUAGAUACAUCAGUAGAUAGUAGAUAGAUAAUAGCUAGAUGAUGAUGGUGGUGAUGAUAGAUUAGAUAGAUGAUAGGUAUAUAGACAGGGAAGAUAGAUGACAAAUGGAUGGAUGGAUAGGUGCGUAGAGAGAGACAGAGAGAGAGACCAACAGAUUGAGUCCCUCAUGCUAAGGCAGUCUCAAAAUCUCAUCACUCUUGCUGUCUGGGACUGAGUCAUCCUCCAUGGUGGGGACUGUCCUUCACUGUGGGCUGGGAGCAGCACCCCUGGCCUCCACCCACUACGUGCCAGCAUCACAUUCCACCCUCCUCUCCCCCAGUUGGACAACCAAAAAUGUCUCCAGACGUUGCCAUAUGCCCUCUGAGUUGCAGAAUCGCUCCUGGUUGGAAACCACUGUGCUAGAGAAAUCAAUGCAGCAAGGAAUUUUAGAAACAGAUUCAUUUGGACUGACUGCCUCAGCAGAUGAGACCCAGGACGGUACAGCAACCAAGGCAUAGGCUGCUAUGUACACAUCACCUAGAAAAAAAAUGGACCCCUCUCCAUCCAGAAAUCAGACGCUUGGUGCGUGUUGCUUAAGCUCUCUACGCUUCUGUUUCCAGACUUCUGAGAAAGAGGAAUUCCUGCACACCCACCUCAUAGGGUCAUCGUGAAGACAGGGAAUAAGUUCGUGGGAUUCCGUGGCCAGCCCCAAUUCUUGCCGUCUGCAAUGGCAGAGGAAGACUGUCUGAAGCUCAGGUCAGCAUUUCAGUUGGAUUCUUAAACGUGGCAUAUAUGUUACAAUUUUGUACAAUGUUGCAGUGAAGGCAUCCGGACCCUGAGGACCCCUUUAUCAUUUAAGAGACAGAACGAGUAAAGCAUAUUUUAAUUUUUACAAAGUCCUAGAAAGAUUGGGAGUAGUGAUGCAUUGUUAGUGAAAAACCUAAUUCAGCUUUCUGUUAUUAAAAAAAAAUGUGGACAUGCUGCUUUUGGAAGGAAAAAACAAGGCUGUUUUCCAUUAAUGUCUGGCGACGUGCAUUGAAAAACAAUGAUAAAAAAACACAAGGGGCUUCCCUGGUGGCUCAGUGGUUGCGCGUCCGCCUGCCGAUGCAGGGGAACCGGGUUCGUGCCCCGGUCCGGGAGGAUCCCACGUGCCGCGGAGCGGCUGGGCCCGUGAGCCAUGGCCGCUGGGCCUGCGCGUCCGGAGCCUGUGCUCCGCAACGGGAGAGGCCACAGCAGAGGGAGGCCCGCAUACCACAAAAAAAAAAAAAAAACCACAAACGAGCACAUCUAAGAGAAUUCCUGUGUACCAUGAAGGUUCAUGCCUCUCUUUUUACUAUUUUGUGUUGUAUGGCAUCUAUGAAAUAUGUCGAAAUAAUUCAAUGAUACAUUUUCUGGGUCUGGAUGGAGAAUUGGAGUUUAUGGACUUCCUUGGCUCUGAAUGAUUAUGAAAAUAGAUUCUGUAUAAAA